UCUGGCUUUGAGUUUGAGCUUCUUCUUUGCUUCUAAAUAAGGCUGUUAGUAUGGCUAGUUGUGCUCGGCAUAUUCCUGUAAAUGUAAGAAGAAGUACAGUCAAACUUUGCUCAGAUGGAAAAUCUGGGACUUCUUCUGCCUUUUCCACCCACUGCACUUCCAGUGGCUUAGGCGGAGAUAGUUUUUCCUGUCAUAGCCAUGCUGGGGAUGGAUCUCCUUUUGACUCUACAAUUGGCCAAGGCACUUUUUCGAGACGCAGUUGUAGCAGUGUAUUAGUUGGUGGCGGCGGCUAUGGGAGGAGAAUGAGUACUGGGAGUUGUCUUAAUGGCAGCCAUGGUGGUUACCCUUUGCUUGGAUAUGGUGAUGGGCAAGUGUCCACAGGUGGUCUGGGUAGAGUCCCAUCAACCUGUGGCAUCAUCUUUUCUUCCACCCAUGAGAAAGUCCUCAUGCAGAACCUCAAUGACCGUCUGGGCAGUUACAUAGACCAAGUGAGAUGCUUGGAGAACGAAAAUGCAGCCCUUGAAUCCCAGAUCAGUGACUUCUGUGUCAAGCAUGGUCUUACUGGUGAAGUGAAGGACUGCAGACACCUUUACCAACAGAUUGAGGAACUUAAAAAACAGGUUUUUGAAGCUAAUCUGGUGAAUAACAAGAUACUCCUCAAGAUUGACAAUAAUCACAUGGACCUAGAAGACAUGAGAAAGAAAUAUGAGACUGAAUAUGUCAUCCGUGAAAAUGUGGAAGCUGAUGUAAACGGAUUACGCCCUGUUCUAAAUGACCUCACUAGCUAUAAGGCUGACCUUCAGGCUGAGCUCAAGUCACUGAAGGAGGAAAUAUGUGACCUCAAGAAGACCCAUGAAAAGGACUUGGCCUGUCGGAAAAAACCAUCACAUGGCAGCAACAAAGAAGCCAGCAUUUGCCCUGGCCGAGAUCUGAAGAAUAAGCUGAAGGAAAUGAGACAAAAAUAUGAAGCAAAGAUAGAAUCAAACCGCAAGGAGGCUGAGGAACGGUAUGAAAACAAGCUGAAGGAAAUGAACCUGAAUGUCAGCAACUGUAGCCAAGAUGUCGAAGAUGGCAUCCACAAAGUCUUGGAUCUCAAAUGCAAACUGCCAGCCUUAGAGAUUGAUUUACAAGCCCAACAUAAUAUGAGAGAUACACUGCAAGUCUGCUUAGAUGAAAUAGAAUGUCACUUCCAGACUCAGCUUGGUGAAAUGCAGGAGCAGAUCUCCAACAUGGAGCAUCAGUUGACAGAACUACACUUGGAAAUGGAGACUCAGGAUCAGGAAUACAAAGGGCUCCUGGAUGUCAAAAAACGACUAGAGCAAGAGAUCCAGACUUAUAGCAGCCUGCUCAAAGAAGGGCAGAAAGACGGUGUGUAAGUAGAGUGUACAUGGGUCAAAAAUGACCACAUGAGAAUGUGGUCCUGUCAUCAGAAGUUGCCCACAUUUCUGGUAGGAACUAAAAAUAAAACACAUAGCCUAAGCAUCUAUACACUUUUAGUACAGUUUGCUGGGAGUGGAAAGAGAAGGAAAGUGAGCAGA